UUUAGAUGGCGCAAUUAGUUCAAAUGAUUUACGAUGGUUACCAAGAUCUGAUGAACAACAAAAGCGAUCCGAGAGUCAACGAUUGGCCGAUGAUGAGCGGCCCGUUCCCCACAUUAGCGAUCUGCUUGCUCUACGUCUAUUUCAUUAAAGUCUUGGGACCAAAAAUGAUGGAAAAUCGAAAACCUUUUGAUUUCAGAAGAGUGAUGAUAUGGUACAAUCUCUUUCAAGUAUUAUUCUCCACAUGGUUGUUCAAUGAAAGUCUGAUCGGAGGCUGGGGAGGACGAUAUUCCUUCAGGUGUCAGCCGGUCGAUUAUUCAAACGACCCGAUUGCACUGCGAAUGGCACGAAGUUGCUGGUGGUAUUACAUCUCAAAGUUUACUGAGUUUACGGACACAAUUUUCUUUGUGUUGAGAAAAAAGAACGACCAAAUUACCACUCUCCAUGUCAUCCAUCACGGCUGCAUGCCCAUGUCAGUUUGGUUCGGAGUUAAAUUUACCCCUGGUGGUCACGGCACUUUCUUCGGUUUUCUAAAUACCUUUAUACACAUCGUAAUGUAUUCGUAUUACUUCCUGGCAGCGCUCGGACCACUGAUACAGCCAUAUCUAUGGUGGAAGAAAUAUUUGACCACUUUGCAAAUGAUCCAGUUCGUCCUUGUAAUGAUCCACGCAUUCCAAUUACUUUUCAUCGAUUGCAAUUACCCGAAGGUCUUCGUCUGGUGGAUAGGCAUGUACGCUGUAAUGUUCUAUUUUCUCUUCCGUAACUUCUAUAAUGAAGCGUACAAGAAGAAGAAUUCGAAGAAUCCUAUAGGCAAGCAAAAGGAUGAAAAGGAGCAGAACUAGAAUAGGAGCAGCUAAAAAUCAAAAAGACAUCGAGGACAACGGCAACGAAAAGGAUAUAAUAUAUGCAAAGUAGUAUAAAAUGGUCACUGGUUAUAUCUCGGACAGCGGCCUCAGAAAUCGCGUGUUUAUCAAUAAUCGAGG